CAACAUUCACAUUAUCUCACAACAUCCCCAUCAAAUCAACACUCCGAACCAAACUAUUCGCUUUUGCUUCUUAUCAAUUUACAUUCACAAUGGCUCUGCAAAGUGUUCAAGUCCGCCCCCACGAGACCGCUGAUCUCAACGAACUUGAGACAUUCAUUGAGUCUCUCAUCGGCCAAACUGUCCCUUCUACUGUCUCCCGAGUUCCUGUCUUCUCUUUCAAGACGUCGGAAGAGAAUGUCAAGUUGAUCAAGGACAAGUUUGGCAAUGAUGUCAUUAUCGACGCCGUCAACUGUUAAACGAAUGGGCAAUUGUCAUGCAACAGCAUCCAUAACGAUAUUCAUGAACUUGGGGUAUAUAAUAACCGGAAUUCGACAGUACAGGGUCUGGUUGGAAAGUAACAGAGUGAUAAAGAAGCUCUAACGACAUAUGGC